GAAGUUCGCUGCGCAGGGAUGGAUUUGACGGGAUUUUUGUUCGGGAACGUGAACGAGGAUGGAGAGUUGGAGGAUGAGUCAGUCCUGGAUAAGGAGACUGUGAUGCAGCUGUCAAGAAUGGGCAUGGGGGCGGGGUUUAGUGAUUUGGUGGAGGGAGGAACUGUGGGGGUGGGAGGAGGGGACGACGGAGAUAGCUCCGAGGAAUAUGACAGUGACGUUGACACCGGAGGAGGUAUUGCUACUGACAAGUCCCCCACAGCAAAGGACUUUGCAGACAUUGCAGAACUGGCGGAGGAGGCGGAGGGAGCCACGCCCCUCUCAUCUCAGAUGGAACGACAGGGGUUUGGGGAGGGAGAGGGGAGAGACGCUCUCUUCCGGAAGGGAAUGGCUUUUGCUCGGUCCCUGCCUGGUGGGAGUGGUCUGUCUGCUGUUUCCAUGGAAACUGACGACUAUGACGAUGACUCUGAGGAAGUUCCCGGCAGUCAACCGUUGCCUAGCAACACGAACGAGGAGGAGCUUCCCCUCUCCCAGCAGCCUGACUCGGGCUACGAGUCUCUUCCUCUUUCUGACCCCGCCUCCUCUCUCGACCCCUCAGACCACACCCCUCAAGUUACUGCUGCAUCAGAAGCCACACCCACCUCAUUAUCAAAGCUGGAGGGGGAGGAAGGAGGCAGGGAGGGUGGGAAUAUAGAGUCUGCUAUUCCUUACCUCAUCCCAAAAGACAUGACAUUGGAACAGCUUCAUGCCAAGGUGAAGCAGCUGUUCCCAGGGUUUGUUCCCAACUCAGUCCUGCGGUUCUGCAGCCUCCUGGGUCCUCCCAAGAUCUCCGUGGCUGCCAAACUGUGGGCCGGGGCCAAGAGACCUGCCAAGAAGCCCCCCAGAACUGAAGAGUUCACGUGGAAGUUUGACUUUGGCCCUCCACCUCCUCCAGACAAGCUCCUGGACAGUGAUGAGAAAUCAUUUCUGGCGUCGGAGCACACAAAGGGAGCGGCUGCAGAGUCUGAUUCCCAUACUGCCGGGUCCUCAUUCCAGGUCGACCCCGAGACGCAGGCAUGGAGGUUCGGACCUGCCCGCAUGUGGUACGAUUCUCUCGGUCUUCCGGAGGAUGGGCGGGGCCUCGACUACGGCUUCAAAUUGAAGGCUCCAGCUGGUGAUGGGGUGUCUGAGGAUGAAGGGGUGGCCCCUUCAUUAGAGGGAGACAGCGAGGUGCACGAUGACGCAUUCCUGAUGGUGUCUCAGUUGCCGUGGGAGAAUCAGAUAAUGUGGGACUGUCCCUACACCCCUGGACCACACGUCACAAGUGUUGGUGGAGUAUGGACAACAGAGUCGGCACACAAUCUCUCCCGGCAACCAACUGACCACACCUCCUCGUUAUUCCCCAUUAAUGAUCCCGCCCUCACUCGUUAUCGCUGGGAGGAUGACAUCAUCUGGGACAGCGAUGCCGUCACUCGCAUACCCCACCCCAGUAUACCCCAACUGGACCCAAAUGACCCCAAUAUCAUUCUGGGGUACCCCGAAGAGCUCACCUCCUCCGCCACCCCAGAGAAAGAGGGGAAGAAGGAGGGAAGACCGAAGGCCAAGCUGUCUCUGGGGAAGGGUGGAGGGAAGGGUUCCGAGCCUUCGCAGACUUCGUUCCUCGGGAAAAAAGAUCUGUUCAACUUGUCAAACGAUGAAUUCUACAACCCUCGCCACGUGAGCAGCACGCAGGGUCUGUCAGGACUGGUCUCUAGUGUGGUGCAGCACUCGCUGCCGGCUCUGGACCUCCACUGCCUGUGGUUCCCCACUCACCUCUCCCUCCACAGCCCUCCGGCACUACCACCGGCCCAGACUGAGGCUCCGCUGUGACAGCAGACGAGGCAGCACUGGCCCCUGACCGUGGAGGGGCUGGUCGGGCACAUCGCUCUCAAGAACAAGGAGAGAGAGAAGGAGAGGGAGAGCAGUGGAGGAGGAGAGGUCUUCUUCAUGAGGACCCCGGAGGAUCUGAGUGCCUGUGACGGGGAGCUGGUCCUGGCAGAGUACUGUGAACAACAUCCUCCUCUCCUCACCUGCAACGGGAUGGCCACUCGCGUCAAAAACUACUACCGAAGACCUGAGAGACAGGUGAAGAGCCACGCCCCCAGAAUCAAGUACGGGGAGACGACGUAUGUCCAGAGCUCCUCCUACUUCCUCGGGGAGCUCCACUCGGGCCAGCUGCUGCAGAGCUUCGAGUCCAACCUCUUCAGAGCACCAGUGUACCAGCACAGCAUGGCAGAGGCGGACCUCCUGAUCAUCAUCUCUGGGAGUCAGGUGUUUGUCAGAGAGGUGAAGACGGUGUUUCUGGUGGGACAGGAGUGUCCAAAGAUCGAGGUCCCCCCGCCCACCUCCAAGACCGCCAUGCAGUUCCAGAAAGACUUCUUACUGCUGUUUCUGUACAAGUUGUUCCGAGAGAGUGACGAUGUCCCUCCCAGGAUAAAGAUGGACGCCGUCCGCAAGGCUUUCCCUCCGGCGGCCAUGUCAGAGAGCGUAAUCAGAAAGGUUCUGAAGCUGUGCGCCGACUUCAAGAGAGAAGGUACGCCAAUCUUCUCAAAUGACUGUGAUAUAUCACUUGUUGACUGGUGUCUUGUUGCCACGGGGAGGAUUGCUACAUGUAAAACUCCCCUGUCAUGGGAGUACGAAGUGUAAUAGGAUUCCUCUGAUUGACCAAUCAGAUUUCAGAAGUCACUAAGUCACUUAUGUCCACUAUAUAUAAUAUGCAGGGUAUGAGAAUGGUUGGUGGGUCCUCAGGUCUGCGCUUACUACAGCAUGCUCGUCUCAGAGCAGAGGUUAAAGGAUGCUGGGUACAGAGGCAAGAGUUUGUUUACAGUUGAAGAGGAGGAAGAGGAUUCCUCACAGAAGAUUGAUGAUGAGGUCAGGGCAGCUCCGUGGAACACCACUCAUCAUUUCAUCAACGCCAUGAAGGGAAAGUACCAGCUGUCCAUUACUGGACCGGCCGACCCGACUGGAUGUGGCGAGGGCUUCUCGUACACCAGACUCAACACUAGGAGAGAGACUGGUGGAGGGCUGGCGGCCAACAAGCGCUACAAACCAGUGGUGGGAACAGACGGAGACCUGAGGAAACUGAAACUGAGCAAAGCCAAGCAAGUCCUGAGGAACUUUGGAGUCCCUGAGGAAGAAAUCUCCAAGCUGUCCAGAUGGGCAGUCAUUGACAUGAUGGAGGCACAGGAGAAGUACAAGGAGAACUGCCAGCGAGUUUUUGACCUUCAGAACAAGGUCCUGUCGUCGGGGGAGCAGCUGUCAACUGACGAGGAGAGCAGUGACAGUGGAGGGGAGGGAGGGAGUGAUGACGAGCUGGCCAGGAACCUGGAGACUCUGCUGGGGGGCAGGAAGACGGCCAGGCAGUUCAGCCAUGAGCAGGAGGAACUGCAGCGAAUGGACCUGAGGAAACUGCUCGAUAAGCCCCCGGGCCAGAUGAAGACAGAGGAGACAGGAGAAGGAUCCGGAAGAGCAACACCGUUGGACGCUGACGAGACGUCGUCUCUCAAGAGUUUCUCGUCCGCAGCUGGAGCGGGAAGAAGACUGGUAAUAAUGAGAACCUUUGUCUCAGAGAACGGGACGGAGUACACCAGAACUGAGGUCGUCAAGAGCCAGCCGGUCAUCGACGCCUACGUGCGACUCAUGGGUCACGGCGGGAAGGAGGUGAGGAGUCAGUUGGUGGGCCAGGACCAGCAGACGAGGGAGGACAUGAAGAGGGAGAAGAGGAGGAUCCAGGACCAGCUCCGCAGACUCAGGAGGCAGGAGGAGAAGGGAGUCAAGAAGAAGACAAAGACUCAGAAACCAAAACCACUCACCACCAUCAACAUGAAGUGCAGUGCGUGUGGGGGGAGGGGCCACAUGAAGACCAACAAGAACUGUCCCAUGUACAAGAACACGUCUGUGACUGUGGCUCCCACAGACAGCGACCUGGCCCAGCAGGAGGCCUCGCUCACUCACGACGACCUCAUCAAGGUGGAGGGGACAAAGGUCGUGCUGAACAGAGCUCUCGUUGAGCAUGCCACUGGCGUGAGGAAGGCCUCGCUGCUCCUCAAGUUCCCAAAGGACCGCAUGAAGAGGAGGAGGAGGCAGACAGAGGAAGACCUGGAGUACCUGGAGAAGAGACCAAAGUCGGUUCAGAGGAGGAAGGCCAAUCCUGAGCUGAGACUGGCUGAUCUUCUGGAGAGAAUCAUCAACACCAUCUCCGCCACUCACGAGAGUGAGGCGUUCCGUAAACCAGUGCCAGCUAAAGUGGUUCCUGACUAUUACAACGUCAUAAAGUUCCCAAUGGACCUUCAAACUAUGAAGGAGAACUGUCGUAAUCAUGUGUACAUGACGAGGGAGGCGUUCUGGGAGCACAUGAACCUCGUAGUCAACAACUGCAGUACUUACAACGGGUUCAAGUCGGAGCUGACACGGAGAGCUCAGAAGAUGCUCGACAUGUGUGCAGAGGAAGUGAAAAAAGUAAAGACUCUUCAUCAUUCCCUUUUUUCUUUCGUUUCCGACAACUAUUGCAAAAUGUCUCUCCCCCUGUGCCCUGGUGUUCUCUGCUGGCAGUAUGAGAAGGAGCUGGAGCAGCUGGAAGUGGAGAUAAACCCAGCGCUGGCAGAUGAUCCGCAGGUCGCUCUCUCCUAUCUCUUCACCAAGGCCGUCGAGACCAUGAAAUCAUCCCCUGAGACGUGGAUGUUCCAUGACCCGGUGCCUGCCAAGAACAUUCCUGACUACUACAAGGUCAUUCGCUGCCCCAUGGACCUUGGCACCAUGACAAAGGCAAGCCACACCCACACUCAUUGUCAACAAGACUUGCGUUCAAAGUGUCGGCAGAGAAUGUACCGGAGUCGAGCUGCCUUCAUGACCGACCUGAACCAGAUACGAGAGAACAGUCUCACCUACAAUGGACCUCGCUCCAAGAUCACUGCCACUGCUGAGACCAUGGUCGCCAUGGGAACCAAGGCUCUUGAUGAGGGGGCGGAGCUGAUUAGUCAGUUGGAGAGGAAAUUGGAGGAUAUUGUUGGUCCCAACUCCCCAGCAGCCUCGAGUUCUGCUCGUGCCGACAUCCUCAGCUUGUGUCAGGGAGGGAGUGAGGGUGUGGGGGUGGGAGGAGGGGAAGAGGGAGAAGUGGAUGUGGAGCAAUGGGAUGAGGGGGACAGUAGAGGUGUGGAGUUGGAGCCAUGGGUGGAGGGAGUAGAUCUGUUACUGGAGGAUCUGCAAGCCUCUAGCAACAGUGAGGAUGACAGUAGUGACGAUGAAGACUGACUUUUUCAAUUUCACACUGUAUAUAUCACCACCUCCGAAAUCAACCAAUCAUCUUCGUAAAUAAUAAUUUGCAGCAAAGUGUUUUGUUGGCUGAUUAGUCUGCAUCAUGUGACAAUACAAGAAACAUCUGCCGAGCUAUGACCUCUCAGACAGAGAGUGAACUCUGACCUCCCCAAUGUGGUAGGAGAGGUAUGCCAUUCUGGUGUCCCAUUCUGGUUCCUGCAAUAUGGAAUGGAGCCAGUCAUCUGAACCACAGCCACAAAACUGAUAUUGUACCUGGUGAUCAUGAGGUGGUGGCUGAGGUCUCUGGACAUUGUUUCCAGUGUAUGCCACGCCACGCUGAUGAUGUCAUAGUGGGUAAUGAUCACGUUAAUGAAGGGACCCACCAGAUGCCAUUCUCCAGUGUCGUCAUUCCAUGUGGAAUGGGAAUGGAUCAGCUGCUGGUACUGGUCUGGGACGUAGGCGUCGAUGACCAGCUGGUGCAGCCUCACCUCUCGACUCAGUUCCCUCACUGUCUCCUCCAUCGCCUGCCUCUCCUGCUCAAAGUCUGCCCUCUGGUUGGACAACUGAGAAAGAAAGAAUUCACAAAAGUUGGGAGCGACAUACGGGAAAGAUGAAAGAUGUGGGAGUGAGAUAGGAGGAAAAUUUGGAGCAAGAAAAGGAGUAAAACAAGAAACUUUGGAGCGAGCUAAGGGGAAAAUAGGAAGUUCUCUGGCCGACUGCUCGAGGAGCCUCUGCUGAGUCUCCGCCUUCUCCAGGAGGUUGACUCCGCCCACUAUCACCUUGGACGACAGGUCCUUCAGUUUCCUCUCCAUCUCUGCAUGCUGCUCUCUGUUAUACACAUUACAUCAUCACAACUUCAAUGACGUAUCAUGCCUAA